UUACCUUUAAAACUACUAGUCUUUCGGAUAUUAACCCUAUGAUCAAAAAGACGUACAAUUACACGUAGAAUUAAAAAAUGCAUUGAAAUAUGAUGCUAACGUAUAUAUUAUGUACGUUUUUCAUUUUGUUUUAUUAAGUCUUUUCUAAACCAAGUUUGUUUGCUUAAAUUCCGGCGUUAAGAUCCACAAUUUCUUUGUGUCUGAAUCAUCACGUUGUGUCUGAGUGUAUUUACUUUCUGUGUUUUUUGUAAUGGAUUAGCUUUUCUUGAUCGUUUUUUUUUGUAAUUCUCGGUUCGUUUUGUAGAACGAGGAUUUACAUCUUAAUGGGCCAUAAAUUGGAGGGGUUUUCUGAUACACGCAACUUCACAGCUAAAGUUUUCAAUAUCUAAAUGCUCGAAUAGUUUUCAUGUGAAGCCUGAAAUUGUAAGGGUUUCUUCUAUUGAUUUGAAUUAUUCCCUUUCAAUUCAUUACGGCAUUUAUUAAACAUAAAACCCAUCACGCUCAGGUUAUCGUUUCAAAGUUCUUAUGGAGACAUCGUUAUACAAUUAGGUGUACUUCCGACAUGCAAAAUAUUUUAAUCAAUCAUUUUUGGGGGGCCGUUGGGCAUCUUAAAAUCCAGGAGUCAUAGUCAAACAGAAUUGAGUACUUAGUCGAAUUGAAAAUGUUUGGACUUGACUUGACCAUUCUAAUCGUUGGGGUUCAUAAUCACUUAAAAUGUAGUGUAGAAUAAAAUUUAGUGCUUCACAUCCAUUAGCGAUACCUUGAUUAACUAUAACAAUCUUCUUUCAGUGUUGAAACCCACUAUCCGUACAGGUUUGUAACAUCUAUAUAGGAGUAAAUAAGCAUUGAACAAUUAACACUUCCUAACUUAAAUUCAAAUUUUAAAUUAAAUUAAUGAACUUCGCGCGGUGGUGGUUGUCACAUACAUUUCGCUUUGGGUAGUGAUUAAUCAUCUAGAAACUGCAGGCUGCGAUUGUGACAAUUAGCAUUUAGCAUGAGCUGAAAGGUUGUAGUUUCCCCAAAAUUAGCAUGCUGUCUGCUUGAAACGUGAUAAUUGCAUAUGGUGCAUGAUUGUUUUAAAUGUUUCGCUCGACUUAUUUGUCAUAAUUUCUUGGUCGGAAUACGGAACAAUUUUAUACGGGAGAUUCUUUUAUGGCAAACACAAACUUCUCGCUCGUAACAAACCCAAGGUUUUGAAUAAAUAAAUCUUUUUUAAUACUCUUAGCUGAAAAGUUUGCCUCAUUGAAUUUCAUUACUACGAAACGAAACAUGAUGACAUAAAGUACAUCGUUUCGUAGCUAAAUUGCCUGAAUAUUUAUAGGCUAAUCAAAUGCAAAACGCAUUUCAAUUUUCGCGCUAUUAUUGCGUGGCAAACGUGACCGACCGACAAUGAGCGUAAUAACGUCUUCCUAAAUUUUUAACAAACAAUUUCCCCUCGGAAUUCCGCACAAUCAAAUUACAAAGUUAUCAACUACAUGCCGUACAAUUAAAAUCCGCGCAGAGCUCGCGCCACGCUAAUUGGUUGUUUCCACAAACAAAUGUCUGUGAUUAAAACACGUUUUUCGAACGUGCACGUGAAACUUUUGUAACUAGGAGCGAAGUGAUUCCCGCCGCAUAAGUUAAGUAAAAGAUGAAUCCUACCUGAUAGUCUAAAUAAUUUCCGUAGCCCAUAUGAUUACAGGCACAAGGGCAGUGUUGAAUGUGAUUUCGAAGUUCAGAAUCGAGAACCCAUGGGUCCCGUAGGCUCCCGCGGCCUGUGACGGCCAUGGGGCCUUCUCAUCACGCCUGCUGCAUUGAUCACCGCGUGUCACCUGCACUGACUGAGUGCCCGGAGAAGCUGCUGUUCGCGGUUGCUAUGGCAGCAAAAGCUCUGCGUCGCACGUGAUGAUCACCACAUCUACUUCGUGUACGCGUGCGAACGUUCCAUCACGGUGUGCGUGCAGAAAUUGAUAAAGAUAACCGAAUGAACAUCGUUUAAAGCGAUUACAAACAAACAGUAUGCCGACCGAUAGAUCAAACGAAUUCAUUAACGACUACGGUUAAUCAACCAAGGAGGUACAUCCGCCAGCCUUCUUCCAGAUGGAAGAGCUUUGUGGCUGAUGCGACCGGGAAUUUUGCGCGCUUCACCGACGGUUGCGAAAUUGCUUAUAAAUAUUGCAGACGAAAUCAUUGUGAGACGAAAUUGCUUCCUAUUACGUUCCCAUUCAUCGUCUUUAGAAUUGAAUGCAUAAUAAUCUCUAGGUUCUUUGGUCGAUAAGAAAAUGUUCAAAUGCGCAUGGUUAUACCUGUUGCCCGAGUCCAUAGGGAUGCUAGACGACGCCGGCGUCAUUACCACAAACAGAUACGGUGCUAUAACAAUUAGAUAAUAAUUAGUGCGUGGCUAUCACGAUUACAUCGAGUGCACGCUUUCCGACGAUGGACUUUCGCAUGUGAAGCUAAGAAUGAACUCCGUUGAAAGCGGCACACAAAGACGAACAAUAGAGGCGGCUCUUACAGUAUCCGUUCGGAAGAGCACGUUCGACCACCUAAGCAUAAUAAUUAGAGGAUGAGCGCCCGAGUUUUUUUAGCGAAUUGAAACAUUACUCACGCCGAAUUAGUUAAAUUUAAAAUGCAACCUAGUGGAUUUUUAAGCGGCGGGUGGAAACGUGCAGGUGGUACAAGUUCGGGAGUGGUUAGACGUGCAUGUCCAGCUUCUGGGGCACAGUGGAAUGUACAGGUCGUACGCGGAAAAGUAAACGGGAAAUGUUUAUGGAACGCUUGCAAGGCGCUCAGUCUUGGUCUUCUGCUUAUGGUCUUGGGAGCUGCCAUGGCAACUAUCGGCUAUUACGCGGAUCACUUGUCCGUCGCCCAGGAGAUCCGAGGCAAUCAUACGGUGAGGAUUAAGAACGAGUCGCGCGGUUUCCAUCUUAACAAUCUUUCGUAUGCUGGACCGAUCGUCAUGGGUGUUGGAGGUUUUAUCGUCGUGGCAGCUUGCGUAAUGACCUUUGAGGCUCGAGACUCUGCCGCCAAGGUCGUACCUGCAAGAUUUAAAUUGAGCAGCACCGGUCCACCAAGCGGCGCCCCACAGUGCGCCUAUCCUUCCCACGCAAAUCGAUCAACGCACAAUUCCCUGAGGACAUCAGGAUCUCAAACGACUAAUUUGCAAUAUACAAAUCACAUGCAUAGUCCGACAGAUAGGCACGCACUUACCCAGUCUUUCAUGCAGUUUUCACGAGGCCUUGUCGUAGAUUCGCAAACAAAAAGUACUUCGCCACAGGGUUCCGUAUCAAAAAGUCCAUCUGCUCCAAAUUUGGCUGUCGAGCACGGAAAUAGUCCGGAAGAAACUUCCAUUGCGGUACCAAAGUUAAUAGCGCAAGAAAGCGUUGUUAACCCCAAAAGUAGAAGAACGUUCGCGGCGUGUGCGCUUCUCAACCCGAGCCUUCUCCAUCGGCAUGCUAUCUCUGUCGACGAAACCGCCGCUACAUAUCGUUUAAGCCACGAAUCCUUGCACGGUAGUGGAAGCCAAGGUUCCAUGGCUCUCGAUCUGCACCUGGAAUAUCCCGUAACUCUAAAGGUUCGCGAUCGCAGAAGAAAUCCCCUGAGACGGCAACAACGAGUGGACGAGGACGAGCGACAGGGUCAAUCGGAUGGAUCGCGUCGAAGUUCGCAUUCGUGUUCCCCAAGAGUUUCUUUGAGACGCGGGAAAGGUAAAGAGCAUCACAUGACAUCAUUAUCCACGGGCAACUCCACGCAUCAUCUGCCUUCGCACACGCCUUAUAUUUGCCCAUCUUCUCGAAGACGUAGCUCGAAUUCUUCCGACUGUACGCAUCGGACACGCGUAAAACGACGCGAAUGUUUGCAUACACGGGGACGUCUCGAACGCGCCAUAAGCUCCGACUCACGACUGACAGGCGCGAUUCCCAAGUGUUAUCACCACACACCCCCGACAUCGAUGGAGCAAGAGACUGAGACAAAGUCUGAUACUGACAUACGUCACCUACCCCAUGCGAUUCCCCAAAGACAUUACUAGAUGAUGCAAUAAUUGUUGUUAUUGUUGUUGUUUGAUGUACCUAUACACGCGCAGUUAUCGGUCAACAGUGCUCUUCCAUGUUGGUCAUCUGUGAGAGUAUUGGGUGACCGUAACUGUUAUACCGAAAAGCCUCUUAUGACAUGUCAUAGUUGCCAGAUGUACGCUCAUCCAUUAAAUUUAUGUGUUCACUUCAUUGAUUUCCGUACAAAUCAAUAUGCACUCUAUCUUGGCAAUAACCUUUAGUGUUCGCCUAAUUACGGUAAACAUAUUUCACAAGGUGAACUGCUUGAUAUCUGAAGAGGCGCAACAGGGUCACGUUUACAGUAGUCGGGUGAAAUUCACUCACUAAUUUAAAAAAAAAGUAAUAAUCAAGUGCAAUCAAUUCAAAAAGCUCUUUGUGAAUAUUUUUAUACACGCCCAUUGUACGAAUUCUAAAUCUGAUUAUGUAUUUUGUAGGUCUACUUACAUUCAUCCCACCCUGUAGAUGUAUAUAAGAUCACUUUAUGUACAUUGUGUGUUCACACUAAUCUUGGAAACGUCUUAUGAAACCUGAAUUGUUUAGAUACAAAGAUCGUCGAUAAAAUACAAUAAAAAACGCUUUUUUUAAGAAUCUUAUAUGGAAUUGCUCACGCACAGAAAAUAUAUGUGUUCUAUUUGAAACACUGGAGCACGUAUCGAAUUUUAGAGACGUGACGAAAUCGAAUAGCAAUGAGUUCGAUUGUUCUCUUAGGGAAAAAUUGGGAGACUUCCAUUUUUUCUAGAAAGACUGUCGAUGUAGAUAUAUCUUGUAGAAACAGUUUUCAAUAUAUCGGUACUCUAAACGAUUAUUUAAAUACCACCGAUUGCAAGCAAUUAUGUACUUACUUUUGUAUGUUAAUAUAUUAGGGGCAGGUUUAUAUAUCAGUUAAACACGUCAAUGUGAUCAAUGUAACUCACCGAUAUUUGUAGAGGACGUAAUAUAAUAUACACGUGUGUUUGCUCACUGGUAGGAAGUAAAUAAUAAACGUCCACAAUGGAAUUGUAACAUUUCCUAGUGUUUGUUUUCCACCUUA